AUGGGUGCCACAGACACCAUGGACACUGGGUGGACCGUGGACCCUGUGGGCAGUGUGGCCCCUGCGAGCACUGUGGGCUCUGUGAGCACCAUGGACACUGUGGGCAGUGUGGACCCUGUGGGCAUCAUGGGCACCGUGGACUCUGGACAGCAAUUAACUUCCUGGUGUUGUGGGAAAGCGGAAGAGAAGGAGCAAGCUCCGGCUAUGGAUGUGUGUCUGAGCUCCGUGCAGCAGCCCGGGUGCCUGGGGCAGGAGCCCAGCUCGGCAGCUGGUUGGGUGGUGCCCAAGGAGGAGGAGGGACUCCAGAAAGAUGGCGUCGGGGGACCCCCAGGAGGUUCUAACAGAAUAGAAUCAACUCUUCAUAGCCUCCAGAAAUUUGUUCCUACAGAUUAUGCCAGCUACACUCAGGAGUGUUACCGGUUUGCAGGCAAGAAGAUCGUCAUUCAAGAAUCCAUAGAGAGCUACGGAGCAGUGGUGUGGCCGGGGGCUAUGGCUUUGUGUCAGUAUUUGGAAGAACAUACAGAUGAACUGAAUUUUCAAGAUGCUAAAAUACUUGAAAUUGGUGCCGGACCAGGUCUCGUUUCCAUCGCGGCCAGCAUUUUAGGAGCUCAAGUCACAGCAACAGAUCUGCCUGAUGUCUUGGGAAACCUUGAAUACAAUCUUUUAAAAAAUACACUAAAAUGCACAGCACAUCUGCCUGAAGUGAAGGAGCUGGUGUGGGGGGAAGAUCUGGAGCAGAACUUCCCCAAGUCAGCCUUUUACUACGACUACGUCCUGGCCUCGGACGUGGUCUACCACCACUACUUCCUGGACAAGCUGCUUGCCACCAUGGUGUACUUUUCCCAGCCUGGGACAGUGCUGCUUUGGGCAAACAAGUUCCGGUUCAGCACAGAUUAUGAAUUUUUAGAUAAAUUCAAGCAAGUUUUUGAUACAACACUCCUGGCUGAAUAUCCAGAGUCAUCUGUCAAACUUUAUAAGGGGAUUCUAAAAUGGGACUAAGUCACACAAAAGGGCUUUUAAAAUACUAGUGUCUUAAAAAAAAAAAAAAAAAAACGAGUGAGCCACGCUGGCAACAGAUGAAUUCUUUUACAAGAGUGAGACCAUGCUGGGUAGGAAACGCCUUGUAUGCCCAGAGCAAAUGCAGCUUAACAAUGCAGAUACUUCCUAAAGUAAGGCUGUCUGUUACCCUCAGUAUCUAUAGGAGUAACAGAAAAACGCGAAAGUACUGUUGUGGGUUUCCAAGAGUCGCCAUUACAUGUUUAAUAAA